CUCCAUUUCGGCUAGUGUGGAGUGACUUCGGCUAGACUACAACGUCUGAAGCCGUCAACCGAACUCCGUCGCAGAAAGUUCUCUGCAGCAACACCCCGGCCGGCAAACCCCAAUUCCCAGACGACUGGUUCGCUAUUCAGGCACGGAGUAGUAGUUGCAACAUGUGCAUCUCUCAAAAUCCCGCAAUACUCACCCAAAGACCGGUUUCUCGGGCUUAGAAGACGCAUGUGUCUCCAGCUGCUCCUACCUCAAAAGGAAGUAGUUAGCGAUCGAAACAUCGAAUCAUUCGUCCCCAAACGCUGCAGUGCCGCCUAUCCAUCCCACCAUGACAUGAGUACCGGAUAAUUUACUUACCAUCACGCUGGGUCCGUGGAACGACGCAGGAGGGGCGGAGGGGCCAUGCGCCCCUCACAGUGGAUAUCCUGGCUGGUGCAUCUCGAUCUCCCAGGGAAGCUCCCUCCCUUCAAAAACGCCGUAGUGUCGUGUCGUCUGUUUUUGCUGCUCAAACCGACGAUCCAAUCCCGUACGUUGCGUUACAUAGCACACACCAUGAGCAACACUAUAUUGGCGUCCGCCAUGCGUUCGGUCGCGAGGCAGUUCGGACGGCAUGACGCAGAUGUCGGUGUCGUCGCGGCGGGAGGCGCUGAGACAAAUUCAACUACUCUAGAUCCGGACAAGAUAUCAACAGAGACGGACGAGGAGGACGAUAAAGUUAUGCCGAAUGAAUUUGCGGCAGAAACUGGGUGGACGAUCGAGAAUACGAAGCUAACGAACUUUGACCCACCUGGACUUGAGGUGGAUAGUGACGAGGGUGAGCCGGAUAUUGAAAAUCCCUAUGUGACGAACCCGGUGAAACUCGACGAGGCGGUCGAGGAGCACAACCGACCAUGGCAUCAGUACAAGUACGGAACCAAAUACUUCCUACCAAACGACUCGGCCGAAUUAUCACGUCUGGACCGCCAACACAUCUUGUGGCGUGCGAUUCUCGACGGAGAUCUCUUCAAGGCUCCUAUUGACCAGGCCAAACAUGUACUUGAUCUAGGAACCGGAUCUGGAAUCUGGGCAGUUGAGUUUGCCAAGGAGCACCCCGAUAGCCAUGUUACAGGCAUCGAUCUCAGCAUGCCCGAAUCAAAAGAUAUCCCCUCCAACUGCGAAUUCCAGCUCCGCGACUUUAUGGACCCCUGGGGUUAUCCCCACAGGUUCGACUACAUUCACGGCCGCCUCAUCUUCGUCGCCCAAUCCGACCCCCUCCGGCUCCUCAAACAAGCCUACGCCGCCCUCGCGCCCGGCGGCAUCCUCGAAUUCCACGAGUUGUACGGCCUCCCCAUGGCCAUCGACAACUCGCUUCACGGCAAGUAUACCGAAGAAUUAUUCUUUGCCACCGUGGUGGCCUCGCGCAACCUGGGAAACGACAUGCUCAGCUUGCCUCGAUUCGCCGGCUGGAUGCGCGAGUUGGGCUUCGUGGAUGUUGUGGAGGAGCAGCGGGCAUUGCCGGUGAGUGGAUGGGCUAAGGGGAGAUAUAAGGCGAUUGGGGCGAUGCAGGAGCAGAAUCUGAAGGUCGGCAUGGGAGGGAUAUAUACGAGAAUGUUGAAUAAGGGGCUGGGAUGGAGUUUGGAGGACACAAAGGAGAGGAUUGGGAGGGUGUUGGAGGAGGUGGGGGAUAAGAGGAUGCACGCGUAUUUUCCUGUAUUCGUGGUAUACGGGAGGAAGCCGUUCGAUGCGGCUUGAUGUUGAAGAGGAAGACCAACGGGAUAAAGUGACGGGUGCCGGUGAUAAGAUCCGACGGUCCGACAAGUAAUGGAUGGGGGGAAGUCCUUGCGAUGUAGCAUUUCCGAGCGACCGGCAUAGCAUAGGCAUAGUGUUGCGAUCUAAAGUGGAUAUGGUGAUUUUUGCAAAGCGUAAAGCAAGUUUGGUUAUCCCUAUUCUAUUCAUAUCAUGCCGUAAGUGCUUCUGUAAAUAGACGAUACAAAUUCUCCCUCGACCGCCACCCAGCCAAAGGCAGGCAACAUCCCCCAUCGCCUAGCCUCUUAAAUACCCCUCAAGCCUCCUGAUCAAAAUCAUAGCUAUUCCCAAAACCUCGUGCCAGAUAACUCCCCAGUACCUCCUCCCUCCCAACCCAAUCAAU